GAGCUGGAUUCCUCAUCAUAGCCGCCAGAGGACUUAUAGAUGGAGCGAGUGUCCAUUCUCCCCACCCAGAUGGCGGCCAUGGCAGCUGGCAUCCAUUCGACCCGUGGCCUUCCUCCAUGCGGCUACUCGAUUGAUAGUGAUCCUGUCGACCUAGCUGCAGGCACCUCGCCAAGUCGCAUCGGAACGCCUCGCCACCGAAGCGUCUUGAAGGUUUCCCUAGCAUCCGGUCCUAUGGUCUCGAAGUCUAUCGUCGUGAGAGCUUCAAAUCAAGCCGCCACGCAAGCGCAGCCAUCAUGGUCCACGGCAGAUUCCGCCGCACUCUACAAGGUCGAAGGCUGGGGAGCAUCAUAUUUCGCCGUGAAUGAGAAGGGUCAUGUUGUUGUUUCACCAGACGCAUCAGAUGACGGUGCGGAAACCAUUGACCUUUUUGAGCUGGUGGAUUCUCUUAAGCGUAGAAAUGUCCAGCUGCCAAUGGUUAUUCGGUUUCCCGAUAUUAUCCAAAACCGAAUGCAAGAGCUUCAAAACUGCUUUGAUGCGGCCAUCGUUCGGUUCGGCUAUGAGGGGGCAUUUCAAGGCGUUUUCCCAGUGAAAUGCAAUCAGGAUCGCCGCCUGCUAGAGGAUAUUGUUGAGUAUGGCCGGCCGAUCAAGUUUGGCCUGGAGGCUGGUUCGAAGCCAGAGCUACUUAUUGCGAUGUCACAGCUCAAGAACAACGAUGGCGCAAUCCUAGUCUGCAAUGGCUACAAGGAUCAAGAAUACAUCGAGAAUGCGCUUGUUGCAAGGAAACUUGGGAUCAACUCAAUUAUUGUUCUUGAACAGAUGCAAGAACUUCCAUUGGUUCUGGAAGCAAGCAAACGGCUGGAUGCACGCCCUGUGAUUGGAGUCAGGGCCAAGCUAAGCACACGGCAUGAUGGUCACUGGGGUGAAACGUCUGGCGACCGUGCAAAGUUUGGUCUUAGCAUCAACGAGAUUGUGAGGGUUGUUAAAACUCUCAGAGAGCAUGAGAUGCUAGACUGCCUUCAACUCCUUCACUUUCACAUUGGAUCACAAAUUCCAACAAUCUCCCUGAUCAAGGAAGCCAUGCGAGAAGGCAGUCACCUAUACUGUGAACUUGCAUUGAUGGGUGCGAAGAUGGGAUUCAUUGAUGUUGGAGGUGGUCUUGGUAUUGACUACGACGGAUCAAGAAGCUCUUCUGUUGCUUCAACAAAUUACACCAUGCAGAACUAUGCCAACGAUGUGGUGGCUGCAGUUGUUGACGCCUGUUUGCUGAAAGGAGUCAGGCAACCAAUAAUCUCGACUGAAAGUGGCAGGGCUUUGGCGUCUCACCAGUCAGUUCUUGUGUUUGAUGUCCUCAGCGCAAACACCUUUGACGAGAUUGACGCCCUUCAGAACUUCCAGAUACUUAGUAAGGAUUCAACAGACGACGGUCACGUCGUGCUCCCAGAGCAAUUCCCAGCAGGGGACAAGCCAAAGCCCAGGAAGGCAAGGCACGGAAGGCUGGAAAAUGGGGCAGGGAUAUAUCUUCUACGCACAUUUCGAGAGGUUCUCGAAACAUUGGAUGAGUCCAAUUUCCAGGAGGCCUAUCAUGAUGCCAAGCAAUUCAAGUCAGAGGCUACAGCCUUGUUCAAGCUCGGAUGUCUGACGCUCGAGCAGAGGGCACAGGCUGACUCACUGUACCAGGUCAUCUGCCAUGAGGUGCUUCGCUUCGCUCGAGAAACUGGGGAGAUGGCAGACGAUGCUGAGACCCUUCGACGAUCGUUUGCAGCGAUCUACCAUGUGAACCUUUCAGUCUUCCGCUCUGUCCCUGAUUCGUGGGCUAUCAGCCAGGUCUUCCCCAUCAUGCCCAUUCACCGACUGGAUGAAGAGCCUGCAGUUCAGGCGACUCUUGCUGACCUAACAUGCGAUAGCGAUGGAAAGAUUGACCACUUCCCUGGCUACCCCAAUGAAACAGGGAAGGUUAUUACUGUUCAUGAGCUGGGGGAGAAUCGGCCUUAUUACCUUGGGCUCUUCCUUGCAGGAACCUAUCAGGAGGUGAUGGGAAGCUCCCACAACCUAUUUGGAACCACCAAUGUGGUGUACGUCCGUGCAAGGCCGAAAUCCCCCGACAAGGCUCCAAACGGUAUCCAGUCGAAGCCCAAUGGCAAGCUGAUUUUUCACAGGGGAGGAUACAGCAUUGAGCACGUGGUACCUGGCCAGACCACAGACCAAGUGCUUCGUACAGUUCAGCAUGAUGCGGGUGACAUGAUGGAGGAUCUUCGCAACAUAGCUGAGGAAGCUGUGGCUGAAGGCACGCUAUCCCUUGAAGAGGCACAGACACUGCUGCACAAUCUGAAGCGAACUAUGCACUCGUACACAUAUUUGUCAAGCUAACCAGUCCAAAUGGUGCAAAUUGUUGUGAUAAAAUCAUAGGAAGUAGUUCUGAUGGAUAUUGUCGAGAUAUACUCAACCUAGCAUCCGUAGAAUGACGUCAGCAAAUAGAGCUCGUCUGGAUGAUUACGCCGGCCGGCUGUUUCAAUCACGCAAACAGUUGCGCCCCUUUCAGUAGCGAUUAGAGCGCUUAGCAGGGCCUAAUAUUCGUUUAGAGGUACCCUGAUCAAUCAGCCAUCCCCACCUACAUUCCCCUG